AUGGCAAUAUUUAGCUUUCUGAUAGCCUGCUUUGUGAUCAGCGCUGACAUCGCCUCCUCUUGCCAGAAUACUGAUGACUUUGUGGGUGCCAGUUCUCCAGGAGACAUUGUUAUAGGAGGCUUGUUUGCAGUUCACAGCGAAAUGCUGCAUCCAGAAGAGCAUCCCAUCAAGCCAGUCAUUCAGAACUGUGCUGGCUUUGAAAUUCAAGUUUUUCUUCAGACACUUGCAAUGAUACAUGCUAUUGAAAUGAUCAACAAUUCGACAUUAUUAUCUGGAGUUACUCUGGGCUAUGAAAUCUAUGACACCUGUGCAGAAGUUACAAAAGCCAUGGCAUCUACCCUGAGGUUCCUGUCUAAAUUCAAUUCUUCUAAGGAUAUUGUAGAGUUCAAGUGUAACUAUUCAGACUACAUACCAAGAAUUAAGGCAGUCACUGGAGCCAGUUACUCUGAGGUGUCAAUGGCAGUUUCAAGGCUGCUGGCAUUACAACUAAUCCCACAGGUCAGUCCUGCAUCGUCGGCUGAAAUCCUCAGUGACAAAAUCCGGUUUCCUUCAUUCUUCAGGACUAUCCCCAGUGAUUUCCACCAGACAAGAGCAAUGGCCCAUCUGAUCUGUGAGUCUGGGUGGAAUUGGAUUGGAGUAAUAGCCACUGAUGAUGACAACGGGCGCUUUGCUCUGGAAAGCUUUGGGGUCCAGGCCAUGUCAAACAAUGUUUGCAUAGCUUUUAAAGAACUGCUGCCUGCCUAUCUCUCUGACAAAACCUUUCAUACCAAAGUUGAUCAUGCAGUCGAGAAGAUUGUCAAGGAAACCAGAGUAAAUGUUAUUGUAGUCUUUAUGAGACAAUUCCAUGUGCUCGAGCUAUUUAAGAAGGCAAUUGAGAGAAAUGUAAAUAAAAUUUGGAUUGCAAGUGAUAACUGGUCAACAGCAGUGAAAAUCAGUACAAUGCCCAAUAUCAGACAGCUGGGAACUGUUGUGGGAUUUGGAUUUAAGAGUGGAAACAUAACCACAUUCCAAGACUUUCUGAGGAACCUUCAUGAAAAGCCCACUGAAAACAACAAGUUUUUAGGUGAAUAUAUUAUGCUUUUGUCAAUCUGUGCACACCUGGAAUAUUACGAUUUUCAAAUGUGCAUUUCAAACCAAUCCCAGGAUGAUCUGAUGCAAAAUGUUGAGAAUAAACAACACAUCUGGAGAGAUGAUUUUUUGAAUGCCAACAUUGAACCCGGAUUUAUCCAUAGUACUAUACUUGCAGUCUAUGCCAUUGCUCACGCCAUUAAAGGGCAAUGCAAAGACAGAAACUGCAAGGAUCCCUCCGCUUUCACUCCCUGGGAGCUCCUUGAAGAACUUAAAAAAGUUAGAGUCAUCGAUGAUGAUAAAGAAAUCAAGUUUGACUCCAAAGGAGAUAUGAGAACUAGUUAUGAUGUACUUCUCUGGAAAGAAAUUGAUGGUCGCAUGGAAAUCACCACUAUGGCAGCAUAUGACACAGAGAAAGGUGACUUUAUCUUUGAGGAUGAUGAGAAAAAAAAAGAAUUUCUGAACUUAAAGAAGGUUCAAUCAACAUGCUCCCAGCACUGCAGACCGGGACAGAUGAAAAAGGUUACAGAAAGUCCACACACAUGCUGCUACGAGUGUGUUUACUGCCCAGAAAACCAUUACAGCAAUCAAACAGAUAUGGAUUACUGCUACCGGUGCCACAACAAAACCUACUGGGCUCCUGUGAACAGUACUACGUGCUACAGGAAGACGAUCCACUUCCUCAGCUGGACUGACUGGUUUGCUAUUUUCCUGCUCCUCCUCUCCAGUUUUGGGGUUGUGAUGAUUUUCUCCAUCAGUGUCAUAUUUACUAAAAACUUGAACACGCCGGUGGUAAAGGCAUCUGGAGGUUUAACUGUCUGCUAUGUUAUCCUCCUCAGUCACUUCUGCAUUUUUUUAAGCACCAUCUUUUUCAUAGGUGAACCCACGGAAUUCAAAUGCAAAACUAGGCAAUCCCUCUUUGGCAUAAGCUUUGCACUUUGCGUUUCAUGUAUUUUAAUAAAGUCGCUAAAAAUUUUACUAGCCUUCAGCUUUGAUCCCAAGCUGCAGAAUCUCCUGAAAUGUGCAUAUAAACCUAUUCCCAUUGUGGUCACCUGCACUGGGAUUCAAGUUAUCAUUUGCACCUUCUGGCUAGUAUUUAGGACUCCUUUCGUAAUGCAAAAUUUCUCAAUUCCAGGAUCAAUAAUUCUAGAGUGUAAUGAGGGCUCUGUUGUGGCUUUUGGGAUUAUGCUGGGCUACAUAGCUGCUCUAGCCUUCAUCUGCUUCAUAUUUGCCUUUAAAGGCAGGAAGUUACCAGAGAACUACAAUGAAGCUAAGUUCAUAACCUUUGGCAUGCUGAUCUAUUUUAUAGCAUGGAUUGUAUUUAUCCCUGUCUAUGCAACUACAUUUGGCAAAUACCUGCCAGCAGUGGAAAUCAUUGUUGUUUUAAUAUCCAAUUAUGGGAUUCUCUGUUGCACAUUUCUUCCUAAGUGCUAUAUCAUAAUUUACAAGCAAGAAACAAACACGAAGUCUGCCUUUCUCAAGAUGAUUUACACGUACUCUUCCAAGAGCGCAGGCAGUGUUGCUGUUAGCCAGAUUUCCUUGGAUUCAAAGUCUUCCAGCUCCCAAGCUACUGUCUCAGGCUCGUGUAAAGCUGAGAAAAACUCUGCGAAUGGAAACUGCCUUUUUCAAGUGCCUGGGCAGAAGCAAAUAAAAGAGAAAAUUCUUCCUAAAAGUGCAGUAAGACGUGUGUCCAGGAAAAGACUGUCCAGCAUAUGA